GUCAUCUACUGCAAUCUGCCUUCUGUUUAUGCCAUCGACAUCACCGUCUUUUUACUCCAUGUUAUAACGUGUACGUGAUUCAGAGAAAUAAAGCGGAGCUAAGGAAGCUACAUCCUGACUCACAUAUUCAUUCAACUGGAGUUAGGCUUACUGCUGAAUUGUGUUAGACACACACAAGGAGAGCAGAAUAGUAAAAAGACGAUUGCAGCUGGCUGAACAGGAUUAAAGCGGCUACAUUAACAGAUAUGGAUGAAGCACACACUGCAGGUGCAAGACUGAAAGACGUGAAGCCUCCUGUAGAUGGAGCAUCAGUUAAAAGCAGUAAAAGUACUGGUUCAAGUUCAAAACGCUCAAGUGCAUCAUCAGUCAGUGCUGCAGCAGCACGCGCUAGGGCCAAAGCAGAAGCAGCUCGUGCACGUGUUUUGUUCGCCCAGAGAGAGAUCAGCAUUAAAGUUGACAAAGCAAGACUAGAAGCCAGUCUUGAAGCACUGAAUCUUGAAAAAGAAGCUGCAGCUGCUAUCGCUCAAGCUGAAGUUUUGGAAGCAGCAGCAGAAGUAGAGGCAGAAGAUCAAAAUAGUUGGAAAAGCCUCCCGGAUAUGGUGCAGAAAUCACAUGAGCGUGUAAGUGAUUACAUCAAAAACCAAACUAGGCAGCUUAACCACUGCCCUAAAUCUGUCAAUUCAUCCCAGAUAUCAGAGUAUCCCAUUGACAGUACUUCGCAACCACCUACCAAGUACAUUAAUGAAGAUGAUUAUGUUGUGAAAGACUGCUGGCCCUUAUCAUUCCAGCCCCAACCAAGUUCAGAGGCACCUACCACAUAUCGGACCACUCACAUCUCAACCACACAAGCUCAGCUAGCUAGAGAGGACUACUUUCAAGCUCAAAAUGAGGUACCGCUACAAGAAUCAAACUGUAAUGCACUUCAUCCAAAUACCAAGUUAACCUUUCCACAGUAUUCUGACACCUCUCACACAAACCAACCUGAGUCUUCAGUAAUGAUGAACAUGGCAAAGUAUUUGGCACGCAAAGAGCUUGUGAGCACUGGUUUAUCACACUUUGAUGAUUGCCCAGAGUCAUACAGAGCAUGGAAAUCUGCCUUCUUUAACACCAUAAAGGAUUUGGAUCUCACUGCCAGUGAACAGUUAGACUUAAUCUCAAAGUGGCUUGGUAAGGAGUCUUCUGAAUAUGUCAAACGCCUAAGAGCAGUACAUAUUGACAACCCAAUCAUUGCACUAAAAAUGACCUGGGACAGGCUGGAUGAAUAUUACGGUGCUCCAGAAGUCAUAGAAAGUGCUCUCUUCAAGAAGUUGGACAGCUUUCCUAAAAUCACAAACAAAGAUAACCGCAAGUUAAGAGAGCUUGGGGAUCUAUUAAUGGAGCUACUCUCAGCAAAGGAGGAUGGCUAUUUACCCGGCUUGGCAUACUUGGACACUGCUCGUGGCAUCAAACCGAUCCUGGAAAAGUUGCCAUACAACCUGCAAGAAAAAUGGAUCACUCAAGGAUCAAAGUAUAAAGAGGAUCAUAAGGUUGGUUACCCCCCCUUUUCCUUUUUCACAUCCUUCAUCUGCUACCAAGCCAAAACAAGAAACGAUCCCAGCUUUGCCUUUUUCGGAAACAGCUCCACAAUAGAAAAUCCAAACUCACGUCACAUAAAAAUCAGAACACCAGUCUCAGUGCACAAGACCAGAGUCUCCUCUGGAGUUAAACAAAAUGAAGCACUGCUAAAAGAUGAAGUGGCCAAGCUUUGCCCCAUCCAUAACAAACCUCACCCCUUAAAGAAGUGCCGUGGUUUUAGGCUAAAAACCAUAGACGAACGCAAGGCUUACUUGAAGGAUCAAGGAAUCUGUUUUAAAUGCUGCUCAUCCACCACUCAUCUCGCCCGUGACUGCAAAGUUAUACUGAGAUGUGAUGAAUGUGACAGUGAGAAGCACAUCACAGCCCUCCACCCUGGUCCACCGCAAUGGUCCACCAAAAGUUCAAGUCCUGUGGCCGAUGACGGCGGGGGAGUAUGA